AUGUCGGACCCUCGCACAUCGAAUGAAAAUGAGGCCAGGCCACCGGCUUCGGCGCCGCUCCGUCGUGAAAGAGCGCCUACAAUUACAAUCGAUACCUCGGCCGUGACUUCAGUUUCAGAUCACAACCCCCUGCCGCCUCAGGUCUCCGGUUCAUCCCAACAUUCAGCACCCCGAUCUGCCAACAAUGCCGAUACAACUGAUACCAGCGCGCUUCUAAACAGCGGCAGUGUUUCUCCCUCAGACGUCCGUUCGGCACCCUCCAUCCGGUCAUUUGCCUCGUCCGAAGGUAGGGACCACGACAGUAGACCGACUUCACCGCAUAACUUUUCGUCUCCUACCUCAAACAUGGUAGAAUCCAUGUCCAACUCCAACUACUUAGCUGUACCAGGUACCAGGUCGCGGGGGAAUUCGCUGGAGUCGGAGGACUCGUACCAGUCGGGAUCGAUUUCGGGGGAAACUCAUGUGGCAAAUGGAUCGCAUGGCAGUUCGACAAAAGCCACAAUCGAAAACUACGAGGACGCCCUUCAACCAGACCCAGGACGCGAAGCUGAAUUUCAGGUGCUGCAAAACAAGUUCGCCUUUUCCCCAGGCCAGCUGAAUAAGCUCUUGAACCCGAAGAGCUUGGGAGCAUUUUACGCACUGGGUGGAAUUGCUGGCCUUGAAAAAGGAUUACGGACCGAUUUGCGCAGUGGGUUGAGCCUCGAUGAAACCGAAUUGGACGGUACGAUCAGUUUCGAAGAUGCAACGGCGCCGAUGAGCCCCGACUCGGUACCCAAGUCGGCUGCCGAACCUGCACCUCCAGAGCCUACUAGGACACAUACUAGCUCCACAAAGCACACGGGGAACGCCUUCACCGACCGGAGACGCAUCUUUGGCGAAAAUAAGCUCCCCGAAAAGAAGACCAAGACCAUUCUGGAACUAGCAUGGAUCGCCUACAACGACAAAGUGUUGAUUUUGCUGACGAUUGCGGCAAUCAUUUCCCUCGCCUUGGGAAUUUACCAGUCCGUCUCCGCAAAGCCUGGUGAACCACGGGUACAAUGGGUGGAAGGCGUCGCCAUCAUCGUCGCUAUUCUGAUUGUGGUGGUGGUCGGUGCGGCCAACGACUGGCAGAAGGAACGCCAGUUCGUGAAACUCAACAAAAAGAAAGAUGAUAGGAUGGUCAAAGUGGUCCGCUCCGCGAAGAUGUCCGAGAUCUCUAUCCAUGAUAUUUUAGUUGGUGAUAUCAUGUACCUCGAACCUGGUGACCUUGUUCCGGUUGAUGGCAUUUUUGUCGACGGCCACAAUGUCAAGUGCGACGAGUCCUCUGCCACUGGUGAAUCAGACCUGCUCCGCAAAACCGGAGCCCACGAAGUCUAUCGUGCUAUUGACCAGCACGAGAACCUUGCAAAACAAGACCCCUUCAUUGUCUCUGGCGCCAAAGUGUCGGAGGGCGUAGGAACUUUUCUGGUUACUGCUGUGGGCCCUUAUUCGACAUAUGGCAAGACCUUGAUGUCCCUGCAUGACGAGGGCCAGACGACCCCUCUCCAGACCAAACUCAAUGUGCUGGCCGAGUACAUUGCAAAGCUUGGUCUUGCAGCUGGCUUACUGUUGUUUGUUGUGCUCUUCAUCAAGUUCCUUGCUACCUUGAAAAGCAUUGAUGGGGCCGACCAGAAGGGUCAAGCUUUCCUGCAGAUAUUCAUUGUGGCGGUGACGGUCAUUGUGGUUGCAGUUCCGGAAGGCCUGCCCCUAGCUGUGACUCUGGCACUUGCAUUUGCUACCACACGAAUGCUGAAGGAUAAUAAUUUGGUUCGCCUGCUAAGAGCUUGCGAAACCAUGGGGAAUGCGACAACUAUCUGCUCGGAUAAGACGGGCACACUGACCGAGAACAAAAUGACUGCGGUUGCCGCCACACUAGGCCUGGACUCUAAAUUUGGAGACAAGUCCGCUGGCUCCUCUCCUACGGGCGAGGAUGGGGAGCAGACCAGCAAUUCAGGAAACAUACUGUCUCCCUCAGAAUUCACAGCGAGCCUUUCCGCCACGUCGAAGGAGCUUCUACUUGCCUCGAUUGUGCUGAACUCCACCGCAUUUGAAGGAGAACAGGAAGGGACAACGACAUUUAUCGGAUCCAAGACCGAAACCGCCCUACUAGGUUUUGCCAGAACGUACCUCGGGCUAGGAUCCCUUAGCGAAGCCCGUAAUAAUGCCAGCAUUGUGCAGAUGGUCCCCUUCGAUUCGAAACGCAAGUGUAUGGCGGUGGUAGUAAGGCUCGACGAUGGAAGAUACCGAAUGCUGGUCAAAGGCGCGUCGGAAGUGUUGCUUGCGAAGUCGACCCGAAUCGUUCGAGAUCCCACCCAAGAUCUAUCUGAGGAUCCUCUAUCCGAUAAAGAUCGCUCUACCUUGGAUACAAUUAUCACCCAUUAUGCCUCUCAUUCUUUGCGAACUAUCGGCCUGCUUUACCGCGAUUUCAGCCAGUGGCCUCCCCGGGGAGCACCAACCCAGGAGGAGGACCAUUCGCUUGCAGUUUUCGACUACAUCUUCAAGGACAUGGUCAUGUUUGGAGUCUUUGGUAUUCAGGACCCUCUGCGACCUGGGGUCACAGAGUCCGUGCACCAGUGCCAACGCGCAGGAGUUUUCGUGCGCAUGGUCACCGGUGAUAACAUCAUUACUGCCAAGGCCAUUGCACAGGAAUGUGGCAUUUUUACUCCUGGAGGAAUCGCAAUUGAAGGACCUAAAUUUCGAAAACUCAACACGAAACAGAUGACCCAAAUUAUCCCCCGGCUCCAAGUUCUAGCGAGAUCUAGUCCGGAUGAUAAGAAAAUUCUCGUUUCUCAGCUGAAGAAGCUAGGCGAGACAGUUGCCGUAACGGGAGAUGGUACCAAUGAUGCUCAAGCUCUCAAGACUGCAGAUGUUGGGUUUUCCAUGGGCAUCACCGGCACUGAAGUUGCCAAGGAGGCCUCAGACAUUAUCUUGAUGGAUGAUAAUUUCACUUCUAUUAUCAAGGCUAUGGCUUGGGGUAGAACUGUGAAUGAUGCUGUGAAGAAGUUUUUGCAGUUCCAAAUCACCGUCAAUAUCACGGCGGUCCUUCUUACGUUUAUCUCUGCAGUAGCUAGUGGUGACGAGGAGUCUGUGUUGACCGCUGUCCAGCUUCUCUGGGUCAAUCUGAUUAUGGAUACCUUUGCAGCUCUUGCACUGGCAACCGACCCUCCAUCCCCAUACGUUCUGAAUCGCCGACCCGAGCCGAAAUCCGCACCUCUUAUAAGCCUAACCAUGUGGAAGAUGAUUAUUGGGCAGAGUAUCUAUCAGAUGGUCGUCACGCUUAUCCUGAACUUUGCGGGAAAGCCUAUCCUGAAAUCCAUAAUCGACUUUUCUGAUAGCAGUGGGGACACAGUCCUCAAAACGGUGGUGUUCAACACUUUUGUCUGGAUGCAAAUCUUUAAUCAAUGGAACUCCCGCCGCCUGGAUAACAAUUUCAACAUCUUUGAGGGUCUCUGGCAAAACAAAUGGUUUAUUGGAAUUCAGGUUAUCAUCGUCGGUGGCCAGAUAUUGAUCAUCUUCGUUGGUGGACACGCUUUCUCUGUUACCAAACUCACUGGAGCUCAAUGGGGGGUCUGCCUCGUUCUCGGUGUGCUCUCACUGCCAGUCGCCGUGGUAAUUCGUCUCAUUCCAGAUGAAUUCAUUCGCAAGUUUAUCCCUACAUUCAAAGGCCGCAAGAAGCGCCCGGAGCUUGUGGUAUCUGACGAGGACCGACGCUUCGAGUGGAACCCCGCAUUGGAGGAAAUCCGAGACCAGCUGAAAUUCUUGAAGACGGUUCGCGGAGGGCGAUUGAAGCACUUGAAGCACAAGUUGCAGCAUCCCGAGGAAUUGCUCCCGAGAUCACGCAGCGGUUCACGAUCCCGAGAAAACUCAAUCCCUGGAACUCCCAUCGGGGAGAAUAACGAAGGCACUCCUCCGCUACCCGCAACUCCAGAGUCGCGAUCCAGAAGGCGUACUCGUUCCCGGUCGAACUCGACCUUCGGACCCGCCGCUGCAAUGGCAGGCGUGGUGGCAGGUAGCAUCGCGGGUUGGUCACCUAUUGAGAGGACAACAGAAGGGGGAGAACCCUUCAGGGUUGACUUCAACAAUGGGUUAAAUAAACAACAAGGCAUCGAGAUCCAUCCCGAGACAGCCGCCGACGACAAUAUUGUUCCCAAUUAUCUCGCAUCCUCAUCAACUCCUCCUAGCCAAAAUCCCGAUCUCCUUCCUUUCUUUGAGCAUGCCCCCCCUGCUCGUGAGCCAUCCAACCGCAGCAGGAGGUCUACAUCUCGACGCUCCCGAUCUAGCCAAAGCCAGUCAUAA